AGUAUUAACGGUAAUGUCACGUUGACUUUGUAUUGUCGACAAGUAUAAAAAUUAAUAAUUACAAACAGGUAAUUAAUGUCUCAUAGAUGUGAGCUCCACCAUGAAAAUGAACGAGCAGAUUUAUUUUUACAAGCUUAUGCCGCAUCAAAAUUAAAAUCGAGAUUGUUGUCAUGGCUGGUAAUAUCAGAAAAGAAUCGAUACUGCGCAUUGCAUUUUAAAAGCGAAGAAUAUAUUAGAAAAGAAAAAAUACGCCAUUUACAAUCUGGAUACAUUUAUAUUAUUCACCCUUUAAGCAAGUUUCAGCAAUGGUACGAAUUUUGGCUGUUUCUCUAUUAUCUAUUGACCAUAUCAGUAAAAUUGUUUGACUGUGGAGUACGAGAUGCCGAUGUAAUGUGCACAGAUACAGACAAAACGAUCUUUGACAAUGCUAGUGGCUCUUUUAUAGCUUAUGUCGUAUUUUCUACUGUUAUGGAUGUUCUGAGUUGGAUUGACAUUAUUUUGAGUUUUUUAACAGGCUACAUUAAUGAAAUUACAGGAAUAAUUGAACUAAAUCCCAAAGCAAUUGCAAAGAAUUACAUGACAGGGCCAUUCUUUAUUAUCACUGUCUUAACUUCUGUUCCGAGAUUUUUAUUUUAUGUAUUUUAUGACCAACCACCAUUGAAAUUGAUAGGUGUUCAAGUUGCAUUUUCUCUAUUAAAAGGAAUACGCAUAAUAUCAGUAAUGUCGUUAAGUAAAAGAAUUUUACCAACCCAUUCAAAUACCGGAAUGUUAAUUAUCCGUUGGUUCAUUUUAUUUGCAUUUGUGUUACACAUGUGUUCUAUGUUAGAUUUGACAAUAUCGAGGGUUAUCAGAUUUUACUUUGAAUUAGGUAAAUGUAAGGAUAUAUUACUGUACGAACAUAUGACACUAUACCAGUUAUACCCAAGAUAUAUGUUUAGAACGUCAGCAUAUCUCUUAGCUAUUGUACUUCCUGGUAACUUAAUAACUUCAAUUACUUAUCCAGAAAGUUAUAUAUUUGCAAUAUUGAGCUAUCUCACUGGUAAAAUAUUCGUAGCUGCUACUUGGGUAAUUACGAUUUCACUAUUUUUAACCCACAAUUCUCUCAGAAUAAAAUUCCAAUACUUAAUGAUUCAAAUAGAGGAAUAUAUGAUUCAAAAAAAGCUUCCGAUACCUUUGAGAAAAAGAAUCAUAGAGUAUUACUAUUUCAAAUAUCACGGAAAAUAUUUCAAGGAAAAUGCUUUGAAUUUUCUACUUUCAAAUCCUCUAAAAAAAGAAAUCAAUUUGCAUAUGUGUAGGAUAUUAAUAGCAAAAGUUACAAUUUUGAGAAAUCUUAAAACAGAGAAAGUCAGUGAAUUAGUUCAGUAUUUAAUUCCAGAAAUAUACCUCCCUCAGGAUAUUAUUAUACAAUCAGGCAGUUUGCAAGACUCGCUAUACUUUAUAUCUAGCGGUACCGUCGCUGUUUAUACUCACUCUGGCAAAGAAGUCUGCCAUCUUCAAGACGGAAGUUAUUUCGGUGAAAUUGAUUUGAUACUCAAAAAGGGACAAAAAUGUAUUAUUACUGUGAUCGCUGUUGAAAUAUGUCAAAUUUAUAGAUUAAAAAAGGAUGACUUUGAAAAGACUUUACGUUAUCAUAAGAAUAUCAUGCGCGAAAUCAUAGCUUAUGCCGAAGACCAGCUGAAAUAUAUUACAAUGGUAGAAAGGAAAUAUAAAGAGAAGCUGUUUGAAGAGACUUAUACUGCUUCAUAAUUAU